AGCGGUUGAUCGGUCACUUACCCAGCCACUUAAUAAUAUGAGGUUAGAAGCUCAAGAAUUGCACGGCCGCCACCCACUCGCAAAUCUCGAUGGAGCAGCCACCAUGGGCGCCCUUCCUCGCCGUCGUGCUCGCCACCAUUCUCUUCUUCAAGGCCGUCUUCCGCCGCAAAGGCACGUGCAACCUCCCGCCGGGCCCCAAGCCAUGGCCGAUCAUCGGCAACCUCAACCUCAUCGGCGCGCUCCCUCACCGCUCCAUCCACGCGCUCUCCAGGCAGUACGGCCCGCUCAUGCAGCUCCGUUUCGGGUCCUUCCCCGUCGUCGUCGGCAGCUCGGCCGAGAUGGCCAAGCUCUUCCUCAAGACCCACGACGUGGUGUUCACCGACCGGCCCAGCACCGCCGCCGGCAAGCACACCGGCUACGACAACAGCACCAUCACGUGGUCCCCGUACAACGCGCACUGGCGGCAGGCGCGCAGGGUGUGCCUCGCCGAGCUCUUCAGCGCCAGGCGGCUCGAGUCGUACGCCUACAUCCGCCGCGAGGAGAUGCGCGCCCUCCUCUGCGGCCUGCACGAGGCCUCCGGGCGCGUCGUGGCGCUCAAGGACCACCUGACCACCUUGAGCCUGAACGUGAUCUCGCGCAUGGUGCUGGGCAGGAAGUACCUGGAGAAGCAGGUGGCGGGCGAGGAUGGCUCGGCGAUCAUGGCGCCGGAGGAGUUCAAGUGCAUGAUAGACGAGCUGUUCUUCCUCAACGGCGUGCUCAACAUCGGCGACUCCAUCCCAUGGCUCGACUGGAUGGACCUGCAGGGGUACGUCAAGAGGAUGAAGAAGCUGAGUAACAGGUUCGAUCGGUUCCUGGAACAUGUCUUGGACGACCACAACGAUCGGCGACGCCUGCAGGGUGAGAGCUUCGUGUCGCGGGACAUGGUUGACGUGCUGCUGGAGAUAGCCAGCGACCCAAAUCUUGAGGUCAAGCUCCACCGGAAUGGCGUCAAAGCGUUCAUUCAGGACCUCAUCGCCGGAGGCACGGAAACCACGGCGAUCACCGUCGAGUGGGCCAUGUCGGAGAUGCUCAAGAAACCCGAGGCGUUCUCCAAGGCCACAGAGGAGCUAGACCGCGUGGUGGGGCGAGAACGAUGGGUGACGGAGGACGACAUCCCCAGCCUUCCCUAUGUGGAGGCCAUCGUCAAAGAGACCAUGCGGCUGCAUCCGGUGGCGCCCAUGCUGGCACCCCGUCUGUCCCGUGAGGAUGCUUUCGUCGGUGGCUACAACAUUCCUGUCGGUACACGCGUGCUCGUCAACGUGUGGUCUAUCGGCCGCGACCCGACAGCGUGGGAUGCACCGGAGGACUUCGCACCAGAACGGUUCAUCGGCAGCAAGAUCGACAUCAAGGGGCACGACUUCGAGCUGCUGCCGUUUGGGUCCGGACGUCGGAUGUGCCCCGGGUAUAGUCUGGGACUGAAGGUGAUCCAUGUGAGCCUCGCCAACCUGCUGCACGGCUUUGUGUGCAAGCUCCCCGAUGGCAUGCCGACGGAUCAGCUGAGCAUGGAGGAGAUCUUUGGACUGUCGACCCCGCGCAAGUUCCCGCUACAGGUCGUAAUGAAACCCAAGCUCUCAGGACACCUCUACGCAAGCGGCCAUUAGUGUAUUGCUGUCCACUUGUUGUGCUUCCCGCGACGUCUCUUAUUGUGUUCUUGUGUUGCAACUUGCAACAGUCAUGUGGGAAAAUAACAGGAAGACUGGCGGGGAGGGUCGCGCGCGGCGCGCUCAAUUUGUAACUUAAUCUAUUGUUUCUCGAG